CGGCCGCGGCCGGAACGCAGUGACGUACUUCCGUUGGUGGGAUUGGCCGCGCGCACGCUCACUUCCGUCGCGCCUGCGCAGGUGGCCCCCUACUCCCGGUUGUGGCGGGUUUUCGGGACCCAUAUUACACAUAUGUUAGCCUUUCAUAGGAGACUGUGCACUUUUAAUUCCUGAGGGCGAUGCGCUGUGGUGCAGCCGUCAGGGCCGGCCAGAAAGUCUGCAGGUGCCUGCUGUCUGGGUUUAGUCGAGUAGAUGGGAGGCAGUUGACGGAAGGGAGCGGCUCCUUUGUAGGGCCCUUGAGGUCGCACGGGGAGCUGCCCCCGGUGAGCGAGCUGAGAGAAGGCCCCGAGUCUGGCGGCGAGGAGAGCGAGGUGCUGGUUGAGAUCUGUCAGAAAAGGCGUUUCCUCAGUGGUACCAAGCGACAGCUUAGUCGAGAUUCUCUUCUGAGCGGGUGCCACCCCGGCCUUGGCCCCUUGGGUAUAGAGUUGCGGAAGAACCUGGCGGCGGAAUGGUGGUCCGCGGUGGUGGUGUUCAGGGAGCAGGUCUUCCCGGUAGACGCCCUCUACCAUGAACCAGGCCCUUCGCUGCCCGGGGACAGUGCCUUCAGGUUAGUUUCUGCAGAAACGCUACGCGAAAUCUUGCAAGACAAAGAGCUGAGUAAGGAACAGCUAGGAGCAUUUCUUGAGAACUUACUGAAAACUUCUGGGAAACUACGGGAGAACCUUCUUCACGGUGCCUUGGAGCAUUAUGUUAAUUACCUGGAUCUGCUAAACAAGAGGCUACCUUUUGGCCUUGCUCAGAUUGGAGUGUGUUUUCAUCCUGUUUCUGAUACUAAGCAGACACCUGAUGGUGUUAAAAGAAUCGGUGAAAAGACUGAAGCUUCACUGGUAUGGUUUACUUCAGCAAGAACUGCAAGCCAGUGGCUUGAUUUCUGGUUACGUCAUCGACUCCUGUGGUGGAGAAAGUUUGCUGUGAGUCCAUCUAACUUCAGCAGCAGUGAUUGUCAGGAUGAAGCGGGCCGAAAAGGAAACAAACUUUACUACAAUUUUCCGUGGGGAAAGGAGCCAAUAGAAACCCUGUGGAAUCUAGGAGAUCAUGAACUUUUACGCAUGUAUCCUGAAAAUGUAGCUCAAUUACAUAUUCUGGCCUACUGGUUGCAACAUCCAUUGAUGAUUCUUGCCCAAAUUGAUUAUUACUAUGAGGGUUGCCAAAUGGGUAGAGAUGGACGGAAAAAUGUGGUUCCUUCUGUUUUAUCCAUAAAUGGAGAUCUAGACCGAGGCAUGCUGGCAUAUCUCUACGAUUCUUUCCAGCUAACAGAGAACUCCUUUACAAGAAAGAAAGAUCUUCAUAGAAAGGUGCUUAAACUUCACCCUUGUUUAGCCCCUAUUAAGGUUGCUUUGGAUGUGGGAAGAGGCCCAACAGUGGAACUAAGACAGGUUUGUCAAGGGCUAUUUAAUGAAUUAUUAGAAAAUGGAAUAUCUGUGUGGCCUGGUUAUUUGGAAACUGUGCCAUCCUCAUUGGAACAACUUUAUUCAAAAUAUGAUGAAAUGAGUAUCCUCUUCACAGUGUUGAUUACUGAAGCUACUUUGGAGAAUGGAUUAAUACAUCUGAGAAGUAGAGACACCACAAUGAAGGAAACGAUGCAUAUAUCCAAAGGGCCUCAGCCUCACAGGAAGAUUGUGUUCCUGGUCUCAGAUCAGCUGACUGCACUAACUGGCAACAUGGAAUGUCUAUACUGCAGUUGAGGAUAAGAGAUUCAAACCAGAAAUAAUUUUGUCCCCUGAAGUGGGCUGAAUGUUGGCUCCCCAAAAAGACAAGUUCUAACUCCUGGAACCUGUGAAUAUCACCUUAUUUGGAAAAAGUGUCUUUGCAGAUGUAAUUAAUAAGUUAAGGAUCUCAAGAUGAGGUCAACCUGGAUUGACCUAAAUCUGCUGACCAGUGUCUUUAUAAGAGAAAGGCAGAGGGAGAGAAGGCCACGUGAAGAUGAGGCAGAGAUUGGAGAGGUGCUGCCACAAGCCACGAAACACCAGGAGCCACCAGAAACUGGAAGCGGCAAGUGAGACUUCUGCCCCAGAGCCUUUGGAGGGAGCGCAGCCCUGCUGGCACCUUGACUUUGGAUUUCUGACCUCUGGAACCGUAAGAAAAUACAUUUCUGUUGUUUUAAGCCACCAGUUUGUGGUAAUUUGUUACAGCAGUCCUGGGAAACUAAUCUACUUCUCUCUUCUCCCCCAAGUCAACUCUGCGCUGUUCUCUUGACAGAGAGCUGAUGGGAAAUGCAGCAUAUAAAGGCAUGCCUUUGACAUGACCUAAAUCUUGAUGACUGAGAAAGUCCAUGGAAAUCAAUAUAAAUAAUUUUGCAGGCUUCCAGAAGCUGAGAGCAAAUUUUAAUGGCAAUGGAUAAUAAAUGUGUACUUGUUGAGUAAUCUUGCCUUCCUCCAAUGGUGACUGCAGGUGCCAUUUUCUUCAGACACCUUUUCAAGGUCACCAGUUUUUGUUUUAGAAUUUAGACAUGGCUUUUGCUCUGUGUGUCUGCUUCUGAACCUUUAAUGGGCAUAGGGAUGGGUAGAUGAUCGUUGUAGCGCUUCCAGGAUGCACUUAUGAAGAGCAUAGUGGUUGAACAAUUAUUCUUUAUUAAAUGGUGUGGUCAUGGGGGAAAUGGUCCAUGCCUAAAAAUAGCAAAAGCAUUUAAAAACUGUCACUAGUCAGGAUCCUAUCUGACAAACCUGUUGUCUGAUGACAGGAUUGGAUGUACCUGAAAGGGCCAAAGGAUAGUGUUUAAACAUGAAAAACAGUGAUUCACUUUAGGUAACCAGGUGAAACCUUUUUAAGUGUCAAUCAGGUUUGCUUUUUCGUUAUGGAAAUCAGCUUUAUAAAAAGCAUCUUACCCUGAGAUGUAGUUUCUAUCUUUAAAUCUCAGAAGAUGAGUUCAGAAUAGACAUAUCCAGUUUUACAAUCAUUACAG